CACAUAUCGAUUAAAUCUUCUACUUCUUGUUGUUUAUUUACUUUAUUUUCUCAUUCAUGUUUCUGUUAUCUUGAUGAUUGUUUACCGGUUGUGUGGUUACUUUAGUAUUCGAAUUGCGAUAAAAGUAUGGAUCAGUUGAAUUUGGAAUAUCGUGUAGAAUAUCGUGUAUUUGACCACUAAGAGAAUGCAAGGAACAGGUCUUGAAGAAAUAGGAGUUCCUGGGCAGAAUGCUCUUAGAGAAGCUCUCACCAGUUGUACUGACCCCCUGAAAGCUAUAGAAGAAUUUCAGUUGGAAAAUGGAAUACUGCUUCCAUCACUGCGACAGAUGCUACCUCUGCUGGACCUUCACGGGCUCAGAAGGCUUGAUUUCCAUACCUCCGUUUUGGAGGAGCUAAGGGACAAUCUUGUGACUCAUAUCAAUGAGCUAGGUCAGAAAGAGGGACGUGAGAGAGAUAAGACUUUAAAAGAGUUAUUAUCAAAAAGCUUUCCUUUGGUUCGGUUGAAAGCAUUACGCCCAAUAGUGAUGUGUAUUCUCAGGAACAUCCCUCAUAUUGACGACAAAUAUCUUAGGGUGCUGGUACGAGAAAAGGAACUAUACAAUGAUACUGAUACUGAAGUCAAACGUCAGAUAUGGAAGGAUAACCAAUCAUUGUUUGGGGAUGAGGUCUCUCCACUUUUAACUCAGUAUUGUAAAGAAAAGGAAAAUAUUCUUUUUGAUCAUCAGAAUUUGACUAAUCUUUUCUUUACUCCGUCACCUAAGGUGAGACGACAGGGAGAAGUUGUGCAAAGACUGGCACAUAUGAUAGGAUCAAGUGUCAAGCUUUAUGACAUGGUCCUCCAAUUCCUAAGGACAUUGUUCAUCCGAACUCGAAAUGUUCAUUAUUGUACAUUGAGAGCAGAGCUACUGAUGGCAUUACAUGAUCUCGAAGUACAGGAUAUCAUAUCUGUUGAUCCUUGCCAUAAGUUUACUUGGUGCCUUGAUGCUUGUAUUAGAGAGAAGAACGUAGAUGUGAAAAGGUCACGAGAGUUACAGGGAUUCUUGGAUGGGAUCAAAAGAGGGCAAGAAACUGUUUUAGGUGACCUUUCAAUGACUCUCUGUGACCCUUAUGCUAUAAAUUUUCUUGCAACUUCAGCUAUGAAGAUCCUACAGCAUCUUAUCAACAUUGAGAAUUUGCCUAGGGAAAAUACUGUAUUGAUUCUUCUAUUGAGGAUGUUGUCUCUUGGGCUUAGUGCAUGGGUUAUGAUUAAUUCCCAGGAGUUCAAAGAGCCCAAACUUGAUCCACAGAUAGUUAGUAAGUUCUUACCAGCACUUAUGUCACUGAUGGUUGAUGAUCAGGUGCGAGCUCUGAAUGCGAAGCUUCCUCCAGAUGAAAGGGAGUCAGCUAUCACAAUUAUUGAACAUUCAGGUCCUGCUCCGGAUGCAUGCCUUACAUUCGUUCAAGAGAGUCCUGUGGCAAGCAUCAUUGCCAUGUAUUAUACUCUGCAUGCUGCUAAGCAAAGGGACAGGGUGGGUCUCAUGAGAGUCCUCGGCAUUCUAGCUAAUUGUGAACGAGCGUUCGAUGAUCCGUUUCUCCACUUUCUGGUUUCUUUACUUAUCCACAUGGGUGAUGAGUUUUCGACUGAAGAUUUCUGUACGGUGAUAUUCGAUGAGUUCUUCUAUACCGGCAUAACGAGAGAGAAUGUUAUUAGGCAUAUCUUGAAGCUGCUCUGGUACAUCUAUCCAAAGUUGCCACAGGCGAGAUUGUAUACCUUGAUGAAAAGUCUAACUCCUCUUCCUCAGCAUAAUGAAGCAGUCCAUUCAUUGUAUGAGAGCCUUCAAGAGAAGAUUGGAAGCCAGCAGGAGCCACCACUCAUUCCUCCAUCUCUUGACUAUCUUGAGUCGCCAUUAAUGAGUGUGCCAACACCAGCUCCACUGCACUAGGCUGCAUUAGAAAUUUAGUUUUAAUUUGUGCAAUCACUAGAUGUUUCUGUGUUAAUAAGAGAGAGAUUUCAUAAAUGAACUUCUUUAACACAGUUCACUAUGUUAGUACAAAUGUGUGACAAUAUUAGUAUAUUGUGUAAAUAAAGUUGUUUAAAACUUCGCUAUAUUACCCAACAUUCCUAUUGGUCCUGUCAAAUCUAGAUUUAUGCAUUUAUGCAUGCAUCUAGGUAGUAUGCUUCCAGCAAUCAGUUUGUUACUGUUUAAAGUCAUUCUCAAUGACUGUUUUUAUAUUUACUGAAAUAUAUGUUUUGUUGAUAUCUCUUUGUUAGUUAUAAGAUAUAUUUUUGAAUAAUAAAAUUUUUAUAAUAA